CCGUCAGUUUCCUCAGCCGCCCACGGUAGGCGACAGCACCCGGGAGCUGUGCGAGCGCGGGGGACCCUCGGAGACGACGACGGCGGCGGCGGCGGCGGCGACCCGGGCAGAGCCAGGGCGCGGCGGAUCUCUUUCGUACGGCAGAGCACUCGGUGCCCAGCGCGGGGUGGCAAUGCUGCCCGGUUUGGCGUUGCUCCUGCUGGCCGCCUGGACGGCUCGGGCGCUGGAGGUUCCCACUGAUGGCAAUGCUGGCCUGCUGGCAGAGCCCCAGAUCGCCAUGUUCUGUGGCAAACUGAACAUGCACAUGAAUGUCCAGAAUGGGAAGUGGGAGUCCGAUCCAUCUGGGACCAAAACCUGUAUUGGAACCAAGGAGGGCAUCCUGCAGUACUGCCAAGAAGUCUACCCUGAACUGCAGAUCACCAAUGUGGUAGAAGCCAACCAGCCAGUGACUAUUCAGAACUGGUGCAAGCGGGGCCGGAAGCAGUGCAAGACCCACACACACAUGGUGAUUCCCUACCGCUGCCUAGUUGGUGAGUUUGUAAGCGAUGCCCUGCUCGUUCCUGACAAAUGCAAAUUCUUACACCAGGAGCGGAUGGAUGUUUGUGAGACCCACCUUCACUGGCAUACCGUCGCCAAAGAGACCUGCAGUGAGAAGAGCACCAACUUGCAUGACUAUGGCAUGUUGCUGCCCUGUGGAAUCGACAAGUUCCGAGGUGUGGAGUUUGUGUGCUGCCCACUGGCUGAAGAAAGUGAGAAUGUUGACUCUGCUGACGCAGAAGAGGAUGACUCAGAUGUCUGGUGGGGCGGAGCAGACACAGAUUAUGCAGAUGGAAGUGAAGACAAAGUAGUAGAAGUAGCAGAGGAGGAGGAUGUGGCUGAUAUUGAGGAAGAAGAAGCUGAUGAGGAGGAGGAUGUGGAGGAUGGUGACGAGGUAGAAGAGGAGGCCGAAGAACCCUAUGAAGAGGCAAAGGAGAGAACCACCAGCAUUGCCACCACCACCACCACCACCACAGAGUCUGUGGAAGAGGUGGUCCGAGAGGUGUGCUCAGAACAAGCCGAGACGGGGCCAUGCCGAGCAAUGAUCUCCCGCUGGUACUUUGAUGUCACUGAAGGGAAGUGCGCCCCGUUCUUUUACGGUGGAUGUGGCGGCAACAGGAACAACUUUGACACAGAAGAGUACUGCAUGGCCGUGUGUGGCAGCGUCAUGUCCCAAAGUUUACUCAAGACCACCCAAGAACCUCUGCCCCAAGAUGCUGUUAAACUUCCUACCACAGCCGCCAGCACUCCUGAUGCUGUUGAUAAGUAUCUGGAGACACCAGGUGAUGAGAAUGAGCAUGCCCACUUCCAGAAAGCUAAAGAGAGGCUGGAGGCCAAGCACCGAGAGAGAAUGUCCCAGGUCAUGAGAGAAUGGGAGGAAGCUGAACGCCAAGCAAAGAACUUGCCCAAAGCUGACAAGAAGGCUGUCAUCCAGCAUUUCCAGGAGAAAGUGGAGUCACUGGAACAAGAAGCAGCCAAUGAGAGACAGCAGCUGGUGGAGACACACAUGGCGAGAGUGGAGGCUAUGAUCAAUGACCGCCGCCGCCUGGCCCUGGACAACUACCUUACUGCGCUGCAGGCUGUGCCUCCACGGCCUCAUCAUGUGUUCAACAUGCUGAAGAAGUACGUCCGUGCUGAACAGAAAGACAGGCAGCAUACCUUAAAGCAUUUUGAACACGUACGCAUGGUGGAUCCCAAGAAAGCUGCUCAGAUCCGGUCCCAGGUGAUGACACACCUCCGCGUGAUCUAUGAGCGCAUGAAUCAGUCUCUGUCUCUGCUCUACAAUGUCCCCGCUGUGGCUGAAGAAAUUCAGGAUGAAGUUGAUGAGCUGCUUCAGAAAGAGCAAAACUACUCGGAUGAUGUCUUGGCCAACAUGAUCAGUGAGCCAAGAAUCAGUUACGGAAACGAUGCUCUCAUGCCAUCUUUGACGGAAACCAAGACCACCGUGGAGCUUCUUCCUGUGAAUGGCGAGUUUAGCCUGGAUGAUCUCCAGCCGUGGCAUCCUUUCGCGGUGGACUCGGUGCCAGCCAAUACAGAAAAUGAAGUUGAGCCUGUUGAUGCGCGCCCUGCUGCUGACCGCGGACUGACCACUCGACCAGGUUCUGGGUUGACAAACAUCAAGACAGAAGAGAUCUCAGAAGUGAAGAUGGAUGCGGAGUUCCGACAUGACUCAGGAUUUGAAGUUCGUCAUCAAAAACUGGUGUUCUUUGCAGAAGAUGUGGGUUCAAACAAAGGAGCCAUCAUUGGACUCAUGGUGGGUGGUGUUGUCAUAGCGACGGUGAUUGUCAUCACCUUAGUGAUGCUGAAGAAGAAACAGUACACAUCCAUCCAUCAUGGCGUCGUGGAGGUUGAUGCUGCAGUGACACCUGAGGAGCGCCACCUCUCCAAGAUGCAGCAGAAUGGCUACGAGAAUCCAACUUACAAGUUCUUCGAGCAGAUGCAGAACUAGACCACCGCCACAGCAGCCUCGGAAGUUGGACAGCAAAACCAUUGCUUCACUACCCAUCGGUGUUCAUUGAUAGAAUAAUGUGGGGGAAAAUUAAAAACAAACCCUUCUGUUUUAUUAUUUACUCAUGAUCGCCUUUUGACAGCCGUGCUGUAACACAAGUAGAUGCCUGAACUUGAAUUAAUAUACAAAUCAGUAAUGUAUUCUCUCUCUUUACAUUUUGGUCUCUACACUACAUUAUUAAUGGGUUUUGUGUACUGUAAAGAACUUAGCUGUAUCAAUCUAGUGCAUGAAUAGAUUCUCUCUCCUGAUUAUUUAUCACAUACAUAGACCCUUAGCCCGUUGUAUAUUAUUCUUGUGCUUUGUGGCCCAAUUAAGUCCUACUUGAAAUAUGCUUUAAAAAAAAAUCGAUGGGGGAUGCUUUAUGUGAACGUGGGAGUUUAGCUGCUUCUCUUGGCUAAGCAUUCUUUUCCUGAUCACUAUGCAUUUUAAAGUUAAACAUUUUUUUUAAGUAUUCCAAAUGAUUUCGAGAACUUUUUUCCCCCAUGAUUGCAUUUACUGUACAGGUUGCUGCUUCUGCUAUAUUUGUGAUAUAGGAAUUAAGAAGAUACACAUUUAUUUCUUUGUGCCUGUUUUAUGUGCACACAUUAGGCAUUGGGAAUUUGAACUUUUUAGAUCCAUGUAUCUUUGGAUCUUUAAUUUAAAAAGAAAUCCCUGUUCAUCAUAAGCUCUUUUACGGGUGGGGGUAGGGGAUGCUCCGUUGGUCUCAAAUUACCAAGAAUUCUCCAAAAACAAAUUUCUGCAGGAUGAUUGUACAGAAUCAUUGCUUAUGCCAUGAUAGCUUUCUAUACUGUAUUACAUAAAUAAAUUAAAUAAAAUAACCAUGGGCAAGACUUUUCUUUGAAGGGCGACAUUAGUUAAAGGUAAUUUGGGGGGAGCAG